UGUACGCCGGAAGUGCUGGUUUACGCUGCUUUGAAUUUACGGUCCUCUUCUCGCUUGGGGACGCUGCGUCUUUUGAAGUCUAAACAACGAAAGACGCUCGUUUAAAGUUCUGUAAUGUCGGGACGAUGGUUUGCUGCUCUGCUGGCUGUGGUGGUUGGAGUUUACCUGCUGCCGUCCCCCAUAGACCCCCGGCCUCACACUCUGAAGGGGCCGCCUCCGGCCCUCGAGGGGCCGCUGGCUGUCAACACCCGGCUGCAGAGGGGCCGCAGACUGUUCACGGGAAAACUCCACGGACCAGAAUCCUUUACCGCUGAUGAUGAAGGUAACGUGUACACAGGAACUGUAGACGGGAAGCUGUGGAGGAUCGGUCCUGAUGACAGCCUCACCUUCAUCACACACACGGGACAGAACCUACCAGAAUGUGGCAGCAGCACAGACUAUGAGCCCGUGUGCGGUCGUCCUCACGGCAUCCGUCUGGACCACCGCGGUCAGCUGAUCGUUGCAGACUCUUACUUUGGGCUUUACAGCGUCGACCCCCAAACGGGAGAGAAGACCCUGCUGGUGGGCAGYUCUGAGGGUGCAGACGGCGUCCCCUUUGCCUUCCUGAACGGCCUGGAGAUUUCCUCUCAAACUGGGGUCAUUUAUUUCACGGACUCUUCCAGUCGCUGGGGGCGCAGACACGUCAGACUGGAGGUUCUGGAGCUGAACAGCCUCGGCCGUCUCCUCUCCUACCAUCCUCAGACAGGAAGUGUGACGGUGCUGCUGGACUCUCUCUACAUGCCUAACGGCGUGGCCCUGUCCCCCGACGAGAGCUUCCUGCUGCUGGCUGAGACCAGCCUGGCCCGCAUCCUGAGGUACUGGCUGAAGGGCCCGAAGGCCGGCACCAAGGAGGUGGUCCUGGACAACAUGAUCGGUUACCCUGACAACAUCCGCCUCAGCGACCACGGGACGUUCCUGGUUGGCAUCACGACGCCUCCCUUCCUGGACCUGACGGCUCCGUACCCGGCUGUCAAACGCUUCCUGGUCAAGGUUCUUCCUCUGAGCUGGUUCAACGCCCUGCUGCCAUAUUAUGGUCUGGUUCUGGAGCUGGGACUGGACGGGGACAUCGUGGGGACCCUUCACGACCCUGAGGGACGCCUAACAUGGGCCAUCAGUGACGUCUUCCAGCACCGAGGCAGAACCUACCUGGGCAACACAGACCUGCUGUUCCUGCCUGUCCUGGACARCUGAGGGACAGAAACGCGACUUUUUUUUUAACGUUUUCUUUGACAAACGAAUCCCGGAGGAGAAGUAACCAGAACUGACAAUGUUUAUUUAAUGUGGAAACAGGACAUCAUUUUAGUUCCUGAAGAAUAGUUUUAUUUUGAAAUGUUGUGGAAAAGCUGAGCUCAGAUUAACAGGUAAUGUUUUAAAAUGACUGCAGACGUGUCCAAAUAUUGUUUUUAUGCUUUUAAAAGGAAACAUUGCAGUUUUUUUUGUCCAAACUAACAUGAAAGUUCUCCAGGACACUUUCCUGCAGCUUUCUCUGCUCCAACAGGAUUCCUCUGCUUUACACAAAAUGAGUCUUAACAGUUUACUUGUAAACAUUUAAACUGGUGACAAGAUGUGAACAUGUGGUGUCACUUAAACCUUUAUUAGAACAAAUACAUAAAGUUAAAUAACAGUUCAGACAGAUUUCAAAGUGCAGCAGUGAAUUAAAACAAAAAUGAUCAGUUUAA